AUGAACACACGACCAUUAAUUGCGAUAUGCGGGACGACUGGCGUUGGGAAGUCCCAACUUUCCGUUGAACUGGCUUUGGCACUUUCCCGUACGAAGGGGAUGCGGAAACAUGGUUGGAACGGUGCUCGGAUAAUAAAUGCGGACUCCAUGCAAGUUUACGUCGGAAUGGAUGUUAUCACGAACAAGAUUCCUGAACGCGAGCGACAGGGCGUCGAGCAUCUGCUCAUGAGCUUCAAGAGGCCCGGCGAACAGUAUGUUGUCGGGGAAUGGGUCAAAGACGCCGUUCACGCAAUAAAUGAGACGCAUUCGCAAAACAAGAUACCUAUUGUCGUUGGCGGGACGGCAUAUUGGAUGCAGCAUUUGAUCUUCCCUGACAGACUGGCUAAAAUGACCGAGCCGCGCGGUAGAGCGGGGGACAUCGUGUUGUCGGAAGAACUGUUGGAGCAUGUUUCGAAGCUUCCUCAAGAGCUCCGAGAACUAAUAUAUGCAUUGCCGGAAGAACCCCCGGACGCUUCGAUUGACCCUCAGGCUGCGUUCUGCUUGCACUCUCUAUUGAACGCUCUGGACCCCAUUGUCGCUUCACGAUGGCACUGGAAAGACACGAGAAAGGUCCUUCGUAGUCUCGAAAUCAUCAAGGAGACGGGUCGCAGGCCGAGCGACGUGUGGAGCGAACAGUCUAGUAUAUCUGUACAACCCAGGUAUCAUACGUUGUGCUUCUGGCUGUAUGCGGAGCCUUCCGUCCUCAAUGUACGCUUGGAUGCCCGCGUCGAUGAGAUGAUCAAGCAAGGCCUGCUUGACGAGAUCAAAGAAUUGCAGGCAAUUGCAACUGCGGGGACCAGCAGCAAUAGCGUGGAUUACACCUUGGGUAUAUACCAGUCCAUAGGUUACAAAGAGUUUCACCACUACCUGAACUCUCCGAAUCCGUCUGUAGAUGCUUUCGAGGCAGCCGUCGAUCGCAUGAAGCUCUCGACGCGGCAAUAUGCGCAUCGGCAAGUCCGGUGGAUACGGAACAAGCUCCUACCCGCUAUUUAUGCGGCUCAAUCUACGGACAAGUCAUGCGUUUCCGUAUACUUGCUCGAUGCGUCUCGUAAGCUCUCUAUGUUAAUAUCCUGGCUGCGAUUUACCUGUUAG